AUGGAGGGAAUUCAGCAAAUGCUCUCUGAGCAUGGAUAUAAUAUUCAAAGCGAGAUUGGCUGGGGUACGUUUUCUCAUUGCUAUCUUUGCGUGUCCCAAAAAUAUAAAAUUACAUUUGUUGCAAAAGUAAUUGACAUUGCAAAUUCCCUCCAUAAGAAGUCGUUUGAAGUAUCUUUUUACCAAGAACUAACUACACUGACUAAGUUAAUACACCCAAAUGUCAUUAAUAUCUACGAUUCCUUUUCUGAUAAUAAUUAUUUUGUACUUAUCCUAGAAUACUGCCCAAAUGGAAACUUAGAAGAAUAUAUUAAGAAGAAUUCACCAAUUAAAGAAUCAGAGAUAUUAAAUUUUGCCCGACAAAUUCUUGAAGUCCUAUCCUACUGCCAUCAGAACAACAUUUGCCACCAUGAUAUAAAACCUUGCAAUAUAUUUAUAGAUAAUUUCAAUAGAGUUAAACUUGCUGAUUUCGGGAUUGCUCAAAUUAUUCAACAGCACGAGAAAUCAAUAGUUUACGGCGGUUCUAUCCCAUAUAUGCCACCAGAAGUAUUCAGAAAAUUACCAUACAAUUCUUUCAAGGCAGAUGUAUGGGCAUUUGGAGUUACAUUAUUUCAAUUGGUUUCUGGAGGUAAGCUCCCGUUUUUUGGACUUAACAUAGUAGAAAUAUACGAUUCUAUAUGUAAAUGUAAGUAUGAACUACCUCCAAUUUGCAAUCCAACAAUCGAACAGCUAAUUCGGCAUUCUCUCGAUCUUGAUGUAGACCAUCGCUGGUCAUCUCAGCAAUUAUGUGAUUACAUUAAUUCUUCUUUAAAUCAUUCAAUAAUUAAUCCAUUGAAAUAUAGGGUUAGAGCAAAAUUAAACAAUAAAAGACAAAGCUCAUCCAAAGUCUUUUAUGAGAAUUUGCAUUUAAAUUCUCCGAUUGUUGUGAUUCCUGUGAUUCGUCGUAACAAGAGCAAUGAAGAGUUUCAAUAA